UGGCCGACGAGACACCCAAAGAGCAACGCAGAGAUCUCGGGAGUGUAUGAAGCUGGCCGUUAAGUUCGGGCUCCCUUCGCCACGCAGAGUCAGCCAGCCUACGUGAACGAACCAUGAGUACAUCAGAGUGCUUGGAUCGAAUGGAGCUCUGUGAAAGUCUCUUGACAUGGAUCCAAACAUUUGGAGUGGAAGCACCGUGCAAGACGGUGGAAGAUAUGACCAGUGGUGUCGUAAUGGCUCAAGUCCUGCAGAAAAUAGAUGCAUCAUAUUUCAAUGAUGCUUGGAGUAGCAGAAUCAAGCCAGAGGCCGGGGACAACUGGAGGUUAAAGGUCAGCAAUCUAAAGAAAAUCCUGAAAGGGAUACUGGACUAUUACCAGGAAGUCUUAGGUCAACAAAUCAAUGAUUUCACACUACCCGAUGUAAACUUGAUAGGAGAACACUCUGACGCGGCAGAACUUGGGAGAAUGUUACAACUCAUACUGGGCUGUGCUGUCAACUGCGAGCAGAAACAAGAAUACAUCCAGACCAUAAUGGUGAUGGAGGAAUCCGUGCAGCAUGUUGUCAUGACCGCCAUCCAGGAGCUGAUGAGUAAAGAGACUGCAGUCGCCCCAGGAGGAAAUGACUCGUAUGUAGAUCUAGACAGAGAGCUGAAGAAGACGAUCGAGGAGCUGAGCGAUGCUUUGUCAACCAAGGAAGAGAUUGCCCAGAGGUGUCGUGAGCUUGACUUGCAGGCCCUCCAUGCCCAAGAGGAGCGUGAUAGACUGAGGUUAGACUUAAAUGAGCUAGAAGAGAGGGUAGCAGCUCUGCAAGAGGAGAAGAGCAGUCUGUUGGCAGAAAACCAGGUCCUCAUGGAGAGACUCAACCAGUCGGACUCCAUUGAAGACAUAAACAGCCCCGCUGGACGAAGACAUCUCCAGUUGCAGACACAGCUGGAACAGCUACAGGAGGAAACCUUCAGGCUGGAGGCGGCAAAAGACGACUACCGGAUCCGCUGCGAGGAGCUUGAGAAAGAGCUCCUGGAUGUAAAGUCCCAGAAUGAAGAACUCACAGCUCUGGCAGAUGAAGCCCAGUCUCUCAAGGAUGAGAUGGAUGUCCUCAGACACUCAUCUGACAAGGUGUCCAAACUGGAGGGCACGGUGGAACACUACAAGAAGAAACUGGAAGACAUGGGGCUGCUCAGGAGACAGAUUAAGCUUCUGGAGGAGAAGCACACCGUGUUAAUGCAGACCAAUGUCAGCCUGGAGGAAGAGCUUCGAAAGGCCAAUGCUACCAAGGGCCAGCUGGAGACCUACAAGAGACAGGUUGUUGAACUUCAGAACAGGCUCUCAGAAGAGUCUAAAAAGGCCGACAAGAUGGAGUUUGAGUACAAACGAGUCAAAGAGAAAGUGGACUCUCUACAGAAAGAAAAAGACCGCAUGAGAACAGAGAGAGAUUCGCUGAAGGAAACUAUCGAGGAACUCCACUGCGUCCAGGCCCAAGAGGGACAGCUUACAUCAAGUUUGUUCCCACUAGGGGGCAGCGAAGGCUCAGAUUCGCUGGCUGCUGAGAUCACCACUCCAGAAAUUCGAGAACAUCUGAUCCGUCUUCAACAUGAAAACAAAAUGCUGAAACUGGCCCAGGAGGGAUCUGACAAUGAGAAGAUCGCUCUGCUCCAGAGUCUGCUAGAAGAUGCCAACAGAAGGAAAAGUGAACUGGAGACAGAGAACAGACUGAUCAAUCAGCGAUUGAUGGAGGAGCAGAGCCAGGUAGAAGAGCUCCAAAAGACUGUCCAGGAACAGGGUUCAAAAGCAGAUGAUUCAUCAGUUCUGAAGAAGAAAUAUGAUGAACACGUGGAGAAAUUACAAGAACUGAACAAUGAGUUGCUGAAGAAGAACGCCCUCAUCGAUGAAAUGGAGCCAAAAUACAACGCCAGCUCCCAACGGGUGGACGAUCUUGAAGAGGCGCUGAAGAAAAAGGACGAAGAGAUGAAACAGAUGGAGGAGAGAUACAAGAAAUAUCUGGAAAAAGCAAAGAGCGUUAUUCGGACGCUGGACCCGAAGCAGAACCAGGGAUCCGGUCCAGAGGUUCAGGCUCUCAAAAACCAGCUGCAGGAGAAGGAGAGAAUGCUGCACUCCCUGGAGAAAGAAAUGGACAAGACAAAAGUCCAGCGAGAUCACGAGGAGAAACUGAUUGUUUCAGCCUGGUACAACAUGGGCAUGACUAUGCAGAAGAAGGCGGCUGAAGAGCGACUUGCCAACUCCGGCUCUGGCCAGUCCUUCCUGGCUCGACAGAGACAAGCCACCAGCACACGGCGCUCCUACCCGGGCCAUAUCCAGCCAGCUACCGCAAGAUCCAUGAGCAAUAUCACUGCAUGACUGGUACGCCAGUGAGCUGCUCCUAGCCUUGUGCGGCGUGGCCUUGUCCCCCCCCCGUGGCCCGUUUUCACCCUGGGCCAGGCUGGGCUGAGGCACCCGAUGCAUGAACCUGCCUGCAUACUGUUUGCAUGACCUCUGUUGUACUGUCAAGCCUGCAAAAUAACCGGCCCCUCUGUCAGCCGCAGCAGCAUGAGCACUAACAACUCUACUGCACUGUCAUGCAUCAUAACCUCCAGGCAAGACUGGCGAGGGAUUCGGGAUUCCGAAAAGAAAAAUUCUCCUUGCUCCUGUUGAUUCGCCUUUCCACCUUUUUAUAGUGAUGCUCUGACAUUACUGUCUCCAUCUUCCCUCCUUCAUACCUUCCAAUCCCGCUGUCGCCCCUAAUGGACACGCCCACUCAUGCUUUCACAUUAAACAAGUCGGUCACGAUGCAGCGUGUGUUACAAACAUCCCUGAAGGGAUCCGAGUACAGAAGUGUUUCCUGCCGAUCAAGCUGUCAGUCCACCAAGCCCUCUCUGCAGUAUUUGGGAAGAUCUCGUCUUUGGCUGGCUCCGUCAAGAUGCCUCAAUGACAUAUUUCCAUAGAUAGUUUCAGUUUACAUGACUUGGAGGCGUAAUGUAUCAUUUAAGAGGUAUAGCCUGCAAACCGGUCUGACUUAGGAAUGCGUCGUUUCCCCUUUAAACUGUUACAUUAGAUGUUAGACCUCUUAUUUGUUGAAUUGGAUCCAAAAGGUUUUUAAAAUUGUAUUUAAAUCCAAGUGUUGAUCGCAGCAGUUUUUGGACAAAACAAAAAGAUACGGGGCGUUACUCUGUUGCCUUGUUUUUAUGAGCUGAGGAUGGUAAACUAUGUGUAUUGUAUUAAUAGUCUUGUUACAGAUGUGCUUUUAUUUGCGUUAAAAGCCCUCAUUAAGCCUACUCUCUUUCGAGCCCUUCUAUAUUAGGAAAGUUUUAAGCUUAAAUUAUUUUUCCAGUGUAGACCACAUUUUUUUAUAGAAGAUUGUAAUUAUCAUUUGCCUUUUGGCAACACCAAAAAGCUUCUGUUCCCUUUUUUUUAUGAAAUCAUUCAGAAUUGCGGAUUACAGUAUUAGAUUAAAAGGUGUGCGUUUGCUUUGGCAGGCCAAUGUGCAGUCCAUUUGCUUUAGGCCGACACGUCUAAUCAGUGAAAGGAUGUAGAAAAGGGAAAAAUAGGUUGCAUUAUUAAAACUUCCUUUAAGGAAAACUCAAAACCAAUGAGAGUAGAAGUCAGUUUUUUCAGUAUUAUCACAGAGCUAGAAGAGUUACAGUAUCAACAUAGGUUGGCAUUAUUUGAUCGUGGAUUAAGAUGCAGUCUGUCCACUUUUUUAGGUAAAAUCUGAUGCUUCUGUCAGUUGUAUAGUUUUUCCCAGUUUAGUUAGGCUUUACUUAAAUUUUAUCUUCCAGAGUUUAUUUGGAAAUCUAUGGACAAGAACUUGUCCAGAAUCUGAGACUGUUGCGUUUUUUUUUCUUCCGAAGUUCUGAAACCUAAAAGUGAGAGAUGGUUGAAUCCUCCAAUUGAGUGCCUUUUGUUUAUAUUAUCAAAAAGCUUUUAUAUUUGAAUUGAAAAAGUCAUGAAAUUUUAAUAUUUAAGGCACUAAAACUCGGUUUGGCUAUAACUUUGACACAAUAACUUAACUGUAAGGUUGUCUUAAUGAGAGCUUUUCUCCCCAACUGUUUCUGUUUUACUCAUAUUUCUUCUGUUGUGUAAUCUUAGUUUAAUCCAUACCAUUGCAUUUGAUCCUAUUUGCUUAUUUAUUUAUUCUUCUUUUUUUGGCUUGUACAGCAGUGUUAACAUUUUUAGUAGUAUUAUAUAACCAUUUAUAUUGUUACAAUAGAUGUAAUUAAGAUCAAAAUACUGUUAAAUAACUUAUGCAACAAAAGGAGAAGGUUUCUAGUAUUAAAGCAUUUGUCUCCAUAUAUAAUCUAGGAGUGAAAGUUACGGUUUCUGUACCAACAGUGUUUACAGGGGGGAAAAAAAAGUUCCUUUUUAAAAAGAAAAAAAAACACUGUGCAAAUAAAUUUGCAUUUGUAUUUGAGUAUGAUGGUUUUUCUCUUGAACAAAAACAUUUUAAUUCACUCAUCGGUAUGAUUUGCAGCAGGACUUUAGACAUUUAUUGAAGAUGCACGUGAGAUUACUCUGAUGUGAUGAUAGCAGGGCAAAUGGUAAUCUAAUAAAACUGUUUUCCCAAAACUGGGUGUUGACAUAACAUUUACAGACAUAGAUGACUCUCGAGAUUCCAAAUUUUUUUUUUUUUUUUUUUCAAUGUGAAAUAUUUUUGUAAAUUGUGCGACGUUAAACGUUUUGUACUGCAAUCAAUGCGACCCGGACCUCUCCUGACCGUCCGUCCUCAGAACCUGGUUUGUAUAUAAUGGAACCCAUCCGCAUUGUGGUUGAAAUUUCUUUCAGGGAUUUGGGCAAACCUGUAAUCUUAUGAAUACUUGUCUGAAGAGGGAGAGAAAAAAAAAAAGCAGGCUGUCUUGUUUCCUCCGUUCAUCCUCAUCAAACCACCCACUGUAAUUUUGUCUUUGCAUAUCGCCAAUCCAGGUGGUGCCAGUUUGUUUUCCUUUUCAAUGCAAGUUUCUUGGCAAUAAAGAAGGAAAAAAUAAAAACAUGUCUUGCCGCCGAAACUGUUACUUUAAAUCUCACUUCAAUGUUUAAGCACAUAUAUUUUAUAUAACCAUGCAGGAACCCCUUGAAAGCUGUCAUGUCUGUAUAUUUUUACACGCCUAAGUUAAAAUAAAAGCCUAGUAUUCCCGAGAGUUUUUAACUUGGCUGGUAAUAUUACUGAGGCUCUGUCAAAAUGUACAGUAUUAGGAAGAUGGAAACGAGCAACAAGAGGCCUUGUCUGGUUAUUGUCCAACGAAUUGCAAAGUAGCAACUAAUGUCCUAUUUGCCAAUAUUUUAUAUGGCUUGUAUAGAAAGACAAAUUGUAUAUAACAUUUGUGGUGGUGUCAUAGGGCCGUGUGAAUAUUUACAAUUGACCAAAUAAAAUAACAUGUCUAGUUAGGUGAAUUUCAUCUCAUUUCGUCCAACAAUGGACCCUGAUGAUGAAAAGUUUCUUCCGACAUGAAACCUAGAAACCACGUUUGUAAAUAAAGCUUGUAUAAAACAUG